AGCGGGGUUUCGCCAUGUUGGUCAGGCUGGUCUCCUGACCUCGUGAUUUACCGCCUUGGCCUCCCAAAGUGCUGGAAUUAACAGGCGUAAGCCACUGCGCCAGGCCAUUUUUAAAAAAUUUAUUUUUAUUAUUUUUAAAUUUAGAGACUGACUUUCACGUUGUUGUCCAGGCUGGUCUUGAACUCCUGGGCUCAAAAAUCCUCCGCCCUCGGCCCCCCAGUGCUGGGAUUGCAGCCAUGAACCACCACAUCUGGCCAAGACCUGCUUCUUGGAGGUGACAAUAGGCUAAGCUCUAAAUGGAAAGAAAUUUCUACUCAUGGGAAUGAAUCCCACCCAGGUUUUCCCGGCCCAGGGCUGACAAAACCAAUUCACUAAGUGCUUAGUGCUUAGCACUAUACUAAAUGCUACUGCAGUAGAGUUGUAUUAACGUGAGGCUGGCCUCAGGGAGGAAGUUACCACUCAAGUGUUUUCCGGAAGGCUCAGCUCAGAGGUUAGGGUUUUCAGAGUUUGCUGUGAGCAGGACACUAGGGAAUGGGUGCGGCUGACUGGUUGGAGAUGCCACCCAUUCAGCAGCACCGUGAGUCCGCCUCUGGGUGGAGGAGUGGGGCAGAUGAACCGAUUGGGUUAUGAGACACGAGUCUGGGUGGGGUCAGUUAGUUGACAGAAUGAGAAAGUCUGAAGAAUGCCUCAAAAGACCAAUCUUGGCCGGGCGUGGUGGCUCACGUCUGUAAUUCAAGCACUUUGGAGGCCAGGGCGGGCGGAUCACCUGAGGUCGGGAGUUCAAGACCUGCCUAACCAACAUGGUGAAACCCCGUCUUAAAAAACAACAACAAAAACAAAAAACCAGUCUUAAGUUCUACAAUAAGGACGUUAACUACAGGAGUAAUUGGAUAAGUUACACAUCCGAUGUCCUCCGAAACAAUAGCUGGUUAUCAUUCAACUACAUUUUAGCAGAAUUCAGGGCCCUCUCGGAUUCCUAGCCUCCUCUUUCAUUAGUUAUACACAGGCAGUUUCAGCCCCUGAAUAGGGAGGGGGCCCGUUUAAGGGAGGGACUAUGAUCAUCCUUGCUUAAAAGUUAAACUAUAAAUUCUCCCAUAUUUAGCUUGGCUUAUGCCCAGGAAUGAGCGAAGACAGCCAGCCUGCGAGGCUAGAAGCAAGAUGGAGUUAGCCACGUUAGAUUUCUCUCACUGUCUUUGCAAAGGCGGUUUCCAGGAACAGCGUGCAGAGUAGAUGAUUUUCUACCAGGGUCCUUUUGGUCAUUUCUUCCUAGCUGUCCGAUUCUGAGCUGUUCCCAACACUUUUCUUGACGACUCAUCUCCCCGUCCUUGCCCCAGUUGCUUUCCGCAGCGGCGCAAGACCCUGCACAAUCGAAAACAUUCCACAGCGAAAACGGUUCCAACUUCCGGAGGCCGCCCGGAAGGGGCGGGGCUUAUGGUAGUCUUCAUUACGUAUCGGCCUGGUUGCCUGAAGGUUGACGGAAGUGCUCUGUAUUGUUGCCGGAAGUGGGAAGAGAGGUUGCGAUGGCGGCUGUUGCUGCAUCCGAGGUGCUGGUGGACAGCGUGGAGGAGGGGUCCUUUGCUGCGGCGGCGGAGUUGGCCGCUCAGAAGCGCGAACAGAGACUGCGCAAAUUCCGGGAGCUGCACCUGAAGCGGAAUGAAGCUCGUAAAUUAAAUCACCAAGAAGUUGUGGAAGAAGAUAAAAGACUAAAAUUACCUGCAAAUUGGGAAGCCAAAAAAGCUCGUUUGGAGUGGGAACUGCAAGAAGAAGAAAAGAAAAAGGAAUGUGCAGCAAGAGGAGAAGAUUAUGAGAAAGUGAAGUUGCUGGAGAUCAGUGCAGAAGAUGCGGAAAGAUGGGAGAGGAAAAAGAAGAGGAAAAACCCUGAUCUGGGAUUUUCAGAUUAUGCUGCUGCCCAGUUACGCCAGUACCAUCGGUUGACCAAGCAGAUCAAACCUGACAUGGAAACAUAUGAGAGACUGAGAGAAAAACAUGGAGAAGAGUUUUUCCCAACAUCUAAUAGUCUUCUUCAUGGAACACAUGUGCCUUCCACAGAGGAAAUUGACAGGAUGGUCAUAGAUCUGGAAAAACAGAUUGAAAAACGAGACAAAUAUAGCCGGAGGCGUCCUUAUAAUGAUGAUGCAGAUAUUGACUACAUUAAUGAAAGGAACGCCAAAUUCAACAAGAAAGCUGAAAGAUUCUAUGGGAAAUACACAGCUGAAAUUAAACAGAAUUUGGAAAGAGGAACAGCUGUCUAAUUCCUUCAAGAACUGUUUGUAGAAGCUUGAGAAUGGGGUAAAAAUUUCUGCUAGCAAAAUCAAGUUCUUUUUGAAAUUUUAUCAGUAAUCUAGAAUUUAGUAGUCUAUGUCUUCUCACUCAGCAUUUAGAAAUAAAAAUACUGUUUCUUAAACAUAUAUCCUUCCGUGUAUAUUUCCACAUUUUUGUGCUUGGAUUUAAGAUGUAUUUCUUGCAGUGAAGUUGUUUUGUAAAAAUCUACUUUGUAUACAUUCUAAUUAUAUUAUUUUUCUAUGUAUUUUAAAUGUAUAUGACUGUUCAAUCUUUGAAGCAUUUUGGGCUUAAGAUUGCCAGCAGCAUACAUCAGAUGCAGUCAUUGUUGCUAUCAGUGUGGAAUUUGACAGAGUCUAGACUCAGGAGCCACUGGGGAUUGUGGACUCCAAAGGUAAGGACAGUGAUGAGAAAGAUGGCAGUGGCUACUGGAGGGCUGCAGUAGUCCCUCCUCGUGGCGGCCUGUGACCAAGGUCAGGGAGGAGUGAACUAUCCCCUCAUGAUACUGACCAUGUAUAGUUCCCUUUUUGAAAAGCAAUAAAAUGCUUUGGAUUAGAA